UUGGAGAAGGGAAGGGCCCAUUUAGCAGGACGAAACGCGAUAGGUUCGCAACAUUUCCUUUGUCGUAAUCUGCACAUCAUGAACGUAUUCAGGAGAUCUGCGGCUCUGGUCAAGAGUGCGCCGUUGAGCCAGGCUGUCCGUGCCUACGCCAGUGCCCCCGCCUCGUCUCAAAUCCCGUUGGCUCUCCACGGUAUCGAAGGUCGCUAUGCCACAGCUCUCUACUCUGCCGCCCAAAAGAAGGGUGCACUGGAAUCCGUCGAAAGCGAGCUCGUCAAACUCAAGGCCACUUUGGACAAGGACCCCAAGACAAAGACAUUGUUGGAAUCGCCUCUUGUGGACAAGAAGGCCAAGAAGAGCAUUGUGCAGAGUCUUGUCCAAGGCCGUGUGUCGGAGAUUACUCGCAACUUUUUUGACUUGUUGGCUGAGAAUGGUCGUUUGGACCAGACCAGCAAGAUUUUGGGGGCUUUUGAGCAGUUGAUGGCUGCGUACCGUCGCGAGGUUCCAGUUACCGUUAUCUCUGCAAAGGAAUUGGACGCCAAGACCUCGCGCCAACUUCAAGGCAUCUUGCAAAAGAGCAACCUCCUCGACAAGGACGCCAAAUUGAUCCUCACGAACAAGGUCGACCCCAACAUCUUGGGUGGUCUCGUCAUUGACUUUGGAGACAAGACCAUUGACCUGUCCGUCUCGUCCAAGAUCAGCAAGCUCAACCGGCUCUUGACCGAAGCCAUCUAAACAUGUCCUACCACUAGCCAAACCCACAAAAGAGAGAAAAAAAAUAUUUCAAAAAACACUCAUGUCUUUGCCAUAUCAUGUGGUUUCAUACCGGAACGUAUUGGGUGAUUUGGAUUACUUUUUUUUUCUUUGUUGUUGACAAAUGGUGUGAGGAGAAGAACAGAAAAUACCGAACCAACCCCCUCCUAAUUAGAUAUAUGUUUUUAAAAACAAAAGAGAUGAUGCGCGAGCCAUGUUGCAACCUCAUAUAUA